AUGUCCAACAACACCACUAUCGACACCACAACCCCUCGAGUGCCCUUUGAUCCCGUAGAUACGACUUUCAACCCAUCGGAGCACGCAGAAGCACGAGACGAUGUAGAAUCACCCUCCCUCUCAAGCRGCAACGCGCUCGCGAGAUUCGAAUUCGAGGCGGGGAAGAGUAAAGACUGCACCAAAAUUCUGCUGGUGGAAUGGGAAGACGACGCAACAACCAAGAGCAUAGCAGAAGAUUGGGAAGUCAGCUGGGAGGGCAAGAAGACGGUUUUACCCGCGAGGGAUCCUGAUCAGUCGAAAGGAGGCAUCAAUCGGUUAUAUUUCUUGCUGGGACCUGGACUAGAGAUUCCUCCUACUGUGAAGCUUGACAAAGGGCCCGGGGUGAGUUGGAGGACGAAUCCUCUCCCCGCGAUCUUCUCGCCUGAUUUGGGCGUUUCGGCCACGCAGGCUGGGAAGAAGGGGGUGUUGCAUACGAUUUGGGCGAAGAAGAGAUUACAGGUGCUUAAAGGGGAGAUUGAGCAUGAGAGUAAAAAUAAUGUCGAGGGGAUCGCGUUGGRGAUGGCUCUGGCGGAGAUGGAGUGGAUUGAGGGGAAUUUUGGCGUCGCUUCGAAAUCGUCGUCGGGGAUAUCGACUUCUGCUAUGAGUGGUGUUAUGGGGGGAUUGAAUAAUACUCCUUCAAGUCCUAGGAGUCCUGGUGGAGGCCGCUUGAUGGAAAGGUUAAAAGGUCUCAAGAUCGGGACCAGCGAGAAGGAAUUGUCGUCUCCGAUUAGAGCUGGUUUUAACCAUGCGCCCGCGCCUCCGGCCUACAACCCUCUAAGUCCCGAGAGCUCCGACGUGGCAGUCGGCUCAUUUGGAAGUUUCGCCGCUUUGAAAGGAAUGCCUCCUGCAUCGGACCUCGCAGCGAAACCCGCUCAACCACCCGCACAGCGACAAAUAGCCGUUCAGAGACCCCCGGAAUCCUUCGCAGCGCAGCAACGUCAACAAGCAGGGAGUGGCAUGGGCUCACUGAAUGCCUUUGCGAGUCCUGACAUUGGUCUGCCACCGGCCAGUAUUCAGGGCGAUGAUCUUGACGAUAAAGAUGACGAUGAUGAUGAUGAUCUAUUCGCCCUACCCAUGAGUCCAAGAAGUCCGGAAAUGUCCAAGAGUCCCUUUUCCUUUGCGGUGCAGGAUACUUUAAAGUAUGCGCAAGGAGAGCGAGCCGCGUGA